CCUUUUAAGGUAUAUAUAAGCCAAGCCAGGCAACCUUAACUGAUCAAAGACUCAAGAGUCAUACUCAUCUAGCUUGUACGUAGGGUGGGUUGUUGGUUGAUUCAUCCAUUUAGAAUUCAGUCGGGACUGAAAGAACGAGGACAUCUUUGAUACCCUAUUUUGCUGGUGUUCAUUUUCCUUCCAACAUAUUGAGUUUCUUUGGUGCUUGUAAAUCUAUGGGUUUGGCCUACAACAUCAGUUUGAGCCCCAAAGGUGGACGUGCGACUUUGAGAACAGACAGCUUUAAGAAAACUGUUUCAGAAACCUUGAGCCUGUCGGGUUGUUGUAAUAAUACGAGAACUAAUCAUUUAAGCCGCUUAAGCGAUUGCAAACCCGAAAAUGUUGUUCUCGAAACUGGUCUUUCAUUCAAGAGUCUUGUUCAAGACGAGGAGAAUAUAGGUAUUAACUGCAAUGGAUUGAAACACAAACCAAUUCCAACACUUUCUCUGCCAGAACAGGCAGUAUUUUCUUCUCCGAGACCCAAAAGUGAGCUCGAUGCUGCUGCGGUUAAGCUCCAAAAAGUCUACAAAAGUUACAGGACUCGAAGAAACCUUGCAGAUUGUGCCGUGGUUGUGGAGGAGCUAUGGUGGAAAGCAUUGGACUUUGCUGCUCUAAGGCGUAGUUCUGUGUCAUUCUUCAAUGUUGAGAAACCAGAAACUGCUGUUUCACGGUGGGCGAGGGCAAGGACUAGAGCUGCCAAGGUUGGAAAGGGCUUGUCCAAGGAUGAGAAAGCUCAAAAACUAGCUCUGCAACACUGGCUUGAAGCUAUUGACCCACGCCAUAGGUAUGGGCACAACCUCCACUUGUACUAUGAUGGCUGGUUCAAAAGUGAGAGCACUCAACCAUUCUUCUAUUGGCUGGAUGUUGGAGAUGGAAAAGAAAUAAACCUAGAGAAAUGCCCGAGGACUGUUCUGCAACGCCAAUGCAUCAAGUAUCUUGGACCAAAAGAAAGGGAAGCAUAUGAAGUAAUUGUUGAAAAUGGGAAGCUUGUUUACAGACAAAGUGGACUGCUCCUGGAAACCGUGGAAGGAUCUAAGUGGAUAUUCGUUCUCAGUACAACAAGAGCUUUGUAUGUGGGUCAGAAGAAGAAGGGUGUGUUUCAACAUUCGAGCUUUCUGUCCGGCGGUGCCACAACGGCAGCUGGAAGAUUAGUGGCCCACGAUGGGGGUCUUGAGGCUAUUUGGCCAUACAGUGGUCAUUAUCACCCUACAGAAGAGAACUUCCGGGAAUUCAUUAUCUUUCUUGAAGAGAACCAAGUAGAUCUCACGAAUGUAAAGAGAUGUGCAAUCGAUGAUGACAGUAUAUCAUAUAAGGUCACUGGUGAAGAGCCAAACCCAGAAUCAUUUAUGGGUCGUGCUAAAUCUAUGCAAUCAGAGGAUACAAAGACAAACCCAGUUUUUGCCUCAGCCAAGCCCUUGUCUUGCAACUGGACAACAGGGGUUGGACCCCGCAUUGGGUGUGUCCGUGACUAUCCUACAGAGUUACAAUCGAGAGCACUAGAACAAGUUAACCUAUCACCAAAGCUGCCUUCUGGACCUUUCCACAAAUACGGUCCAAUUCCUUCCCCACGGCCUAGCCCAAAGGUUAGGAUGUCCCCUAGGCUUGCAUCCAUGGGUCUCCCAAUGAGUCCCCGCACCCCUAUUCCUGCAGCUAACUAAGCCAAUUCACCGAAGGGGGAAGUGGCUGCUCAAGAGCACUUGAUCUGGUAACAACACUUCAAAUGAGGGGUACAAAGGGGCUAACUCCUUUUUUUUUUUUUCCCCUCAUGAUUUUAAUGUCAAAUUUAUUUUCUUUCUCACUAUUUAUUGAUUCAUUUUUUAGAUGCCUUAAGUGGCCCAAAUAUGUUUUUUUUUUUUUUUUUUUCCCUCCCAAUUCUGGUUCAUUGGGUUUCAUUAUUCUUUCUUGUAAACAGAAAGUUGAGGUUAUAAAAUAUAUUUUAUUCUA